ACUCAUUCAGUUAUCAGAAACAUUUCAGAGCCCUUGAGAUUAAUGGCUGGUGCCAUGUAAAGAGAGCCUUAUAUUGGGAAGAACAAGUUACCAACAGGCCAGUGUGCAGCAGGAGACCGAGGCAGGCUCCUAUCCCUCGCAGUCCCAGCCAUCCCAAAACAAAAUCCUGAGAUGGGCAACAGCCUGAAAACCAUACUUGCUUUUGUGCCCUCUAACAAGUGCCAGAAGUACCUCCUGGAAGACCUAGAAGAGAUGCCCGUGGAUAAAAUGGUUGAUCUGAGCGGCAGGCAGAUGAGGCGGCUGCCUGUGCACAUUUGCUCUUUUAGGGAACUGGUUAAGCUGUACCUGAGUGACAACAACUUGAACCAUCUGCCUCCUGAGCUGGAACAGCUGCAAAACCUGCAGAUCUUGGCACUGGACUUCAACAACUUCAAAGCACUGCCCCUAGUUGUGUGCACACUGAAGCAGCUGUGCAUCCUCUACCUGGGCAACAACAAGCUCUGCAGCCUGCCCCUUGAGCUCCGACUCCUGCAGAAUCUCAAGACCCUCUGGAUCGAGUCCAACUGCCUGCAGUACCUGCCCGAAGUGGUGUGUGAGCUCAGCCUGCUCAAGACCCUGCACGCCGGCUCCAACGCCCUGCGCACCCUCCCUCCCCAGCUGCAGUGCCUGCAGGAGCUGCGCACCAUCUGGCUGUCAGGAAACCUGCUGUCCGAGUUCCCUCCCGUGCUCCUGGACAUGCCUUUCCUGGAGGUGAUCGACGUGGAUCGCAACUCCAUCCAGUUCUUCCCCAGCCUUGCUCACCUCCCUGGACUGAAGUUGGUGAUCUAUGACCACAACCCCUGCAGGAAUGCACCCAAAGUGGCCAAAGGGGUGCGCAGGGUGGGCAGAUGGUCAGAAGAGACCCCCGAGCCCCGCAAGCGAUCCGGAGCGGUGAUAGAAAUCAUGCUCGAUGAGAAACCAUUGCUACCUGCUGCUGCCAAGACCGAGCCAGAAGCCGAGCCCUGCUGACGCUCCACUGCCCCUUUUGGCCAAGGUGGCAGCGCAUGCCCACCACUGCCCAACUUCUACCUCUCCCUUGCUUGCUGGUGUCCCAGGAGCACCACACCACCGGGCAGUCAUCAGGAGUACGUGCACCAGCUUGGAGAUAGUGUGACAGCAAAACUCUUGUACAGACACCCAUCUUUGUGCAGCACCCAGCACUCCCCCUAGAACAGACUUCUUCCCUCUCCCACUCCUCCCACACUGGGACCAUGGACAAUUCACAAUAGAGAUGAAGACUCAGUUUAGAUGUUUGCCAUGGGUGGAUUGCAAGGAGCACAUAUGGACUCACUGCUCCUCACCCGUGGGCUCACUCUUCUCCCUUCCACCUUGCUGAGGUGUCCCAGCUCAGCUGGAAGCUACCAUUCAAGGUGAACACUGCUGAGGCACACAGCUCUACAGCAACUCACAGCAUUGGUCUCAAAUUACUUACCUGAAACACAGCAACACCUUGCAGGUUUCUGUCUGCCGAGUGGGAAACGGUAGCAAAGUCCUGGCUGCACUAUCAAGGAAACAGCACAUAUGCACAGGGGGCUCUCCUCUUUCUUCCUGCAAAAUUUGUGACAACUGCUUCAUCACUGCCAAGCAGCAUUUAAAUGAUGGUGAGGAAAGCUGGAGGCUUUGCUGCUGCGUUUUGUUACUGGCAACAUUGCCUCUAAGGACAAGUUUUCAUGCAGGAUCAAAGAAGAAAAUCAAAGCCUGACUAAAGAGGAAAAGCCACUAAGAGCUGAAAAGGUAAACUGGCAUGAGUAAAAUCCAGAAUUGUUAGCUGUCACUAUAGGCUUGCACAUAAUCUGAUGAGGCAAACUUUACUCAGCUGAUUUCAGCUGGGUAUUUCUCAAGCUUGCAACUUAGACCACUUCAGAUCUCCUUAAAAAUGCAUGCUUUUUUUAAGCUUUGCUUUAUUUGAGUAAGAGAAAUCUGGCUCAAAGUGACAUUUUAAACUUUAGACUCUGUAGCAUGGUUGAAUUAGGUGACAGCUUUUUUAACAAGGGUGCAGAGCCUUUGGUAGCACACUCUUCGGGCAGAACUCUCACCAGCAGAGCCUGCAGAAGCAGCAGUUGACUUCCCAGAAAAGGUUUGAUUCCAUGCCAGUUAGUGACUGCUUAAUGUCAUCUACAUGUUUGAAAAAUUACCUGGAAAUACACAGACUCUGCUAGUA